AUAUAACUUUUAUUUCAUGGUAAUUGCUAAGUGGUUCAUUCGAAACAUUCCAAAAGUUUUCCAUUCUAAUUUGCUUAUAGAUGAUUUAAAGAAAGUUAGAGACUCUUCACUUGCUCCUUGGACUGAUCUUUUGGAUGACCCAAAGCAGUGGACUGAUUACCGUGACAGCAAACGUGAUGGGCAGGUGAAUCCUAGGUUCCCUGACUUCAAACGCAAGGAUGGGAACGGUGCCCUAUGGCUUAACAACGCUCCAAAGUGGGUUUUAUCUAGACUCGAAGAACUGAAAUUUGAUGUUCCAGCUGUAAAAUCAAAACAAGCAAAGGACUUUAAAGGUAUAUUACAUAUGAAGACCUUCAUACACAUUAUACUUAGAAUUGUGAUUCUUGUGAUUUUUGGGUUCUCCAAUUUGAGAUUCCUCCUCAUUUCCAUUUUCUUUGUUUUAUAAACGUAUGUUUGAUUGAAC